UAAAAUAAAAUUUGGAAAAAAAAAGAAGUUAAGCAUUUGCCUACAUCAAACCAAAUCACCAAAAUAUAAUCUCAUAAUAAAAGUGAAAUUGAAGUCAAAAGGAGGGGCUCUCCUGGUGGUGCAGUAGUUAAGAAUCCACCUGCCAAAGCAGGGGACACGGGUUUGAGCCCUGGUCCGGGAAGAUCCCACAUGCCGCGGAGCAACUAAGCCCAUGUGCCACAACUAUUGAGCCCGCGAGCCACAACUACUGAAGCCCGUGCGCCUAGAGCCCAUGCUCCACAACAAGAGAAGCCACUGCAAUGAGAAGCCUGUGCACCACAAUCAAGAGUUGCCCCCGCUCGCCACAACUGGAGAAAGCCCAUGCAGCAAUGAACACCCAACGCAGCCAAAAAUAAAAUUAAUUAAUUAAAAGAAAAAAAGAAUGAUUCAAAAAAGUCAAAAGGAAAUCAACGUCAGGUAAGCAUCAGCACUAUGGAUUCUAUAAGCCUAAGAUCGCUUUGGAUGUGGUGGAAUGUGUAAGCUGCUAACAAAGAAAUGUGUGCAGCAAGGAGCCAGCAAGUGUCGGAGGCAAGAAGGAGGCACAUCUCUUAAAAGCAAAACUGGAAUUUGAGCAACAUGCCCUGAUCCCAGCCAGCACCUCUUACCUUAGCAGGGCUUGAGGAGUCCAUGUGCAGAGACUGGAAGGUGCUGGUGUAAAAGAAACUGCCAGAAGGUGAGCUGAAGUAAGACACAGGGGCCUGAGGACACCUGGAGGUCAGGUGGGUGCGUCGGCAAACAUGACGUAGCUGGGGAGCGCUGUCAGAAAGCCACAGGUGAGCCUUUCUUAAAGCUGACAGAUUUGGCUCGUUAGCAGCAGCCACUCUGCGGUAGCGUUUUUUGAACAAGGGCCUGGGUAGGCGGUGGUUUGAAGGACUGAGCUGCAGGGCAGCCCUGUUUACACAAGCAGAGCCUAGAGCAGCCCUGCCCCUUCACCCCAUCAAUCACCAGCAGUGGCUUCAUCUCCUAGGGCACUAAUGCCAUUUGUUGAUGCCCCAAAACCACACAGAGUAGGCGCCCACCAGAUUAUAACUUGUUUUCAUAUAGGUUGAAAAUACUCAGACAUAAAAAGAUUGAGACUUGUGAAAAAUCACAUGGUUUCCUAAGGCUAUAGAUUCUCAACUCGGAGAAUAGAUGAUAUAUUAUAAGCAUCGUCAUUUGAAGAGAUAAUUAAAUUUAUGCUACCAAAACACACAGAAGAAGAGUAUUUUAGAAGUUUGUUAGGAAAUGAAUAAAAAAAUCACAUUAUUUUCCUGGAUUUUCUGUUUGGGGUAUUUUUAGCUAUUUAAUAUUUAUAAUGUGCUAUCCUGUCUUUUCUCAUUCUAAAUAAAUAUUUGCAGUCGUCUGUAACUUUGUGUUUUUCUUAAAGAGCAUCUCCGCCAUUGUAUAAACUUAAGGACCUACAAGUCUCCCGCAUCAGCUCCGGACUGUCUACCCGCCCCACCAAAUCUUUAACCUCUGGAAGUUCAUAAACAAUGAAUUCACUUCACUCAUCCUGUUGUAACACCUCUGCUGAACUUUUGAACAAAUCCUGGAAUCCAGAGUUUGCUUAUCAAACCCUCAGCAUGGUGGAUACAGCCAUCCUCCCUUCCAUGGUUGGGAUUAUCUGUUCAAUGGGGCUGGUUGGCAACAUCCUCAUUGUAUUCACUAUAAUAAGAAGCAGAAAAAAACCAAUUCCUGACAUUUAUAUCUGCAACCUGGCUGUGGCUGAUCUGGUCCACAUCAUGGGAAUGCCUUUUCUUAUUCACCAGUGGGCCCGGGGAGGAGAGUGGGUGUGGGGUCCUCUCUGCACCAACAUCACAUCCCUGGAUACCUGCAACCAGUUUGCCUGUAGUGCCAUCAUGACUGUAAUGAGUGUGGACAGGUACUUGGCUCUCGUCCAACCGAGACUGACGAGUUGGAGAACAAGGUACAAGACAAGCCGCAUCAAUCUGGGCCUUUGGGCAGCUUCCUUUAUUCUUGCGUUGCCUGACUGGGUCUACUCGAAGGUCAUCAGAUUUAAUGACGGCGUUGAGAGUUACUUUGAUUUAACAUCCCCUGACGAUGUACUCUAGUAUACUCUGUAUUUGACGAUAACAACUUUCUUUUUCCCUUUGCCCUUGAUUUUGGUGUGCUAUAUUUUAAUUUUAUGCUAUACCUGGGAGAUGUAUCAACAGAAUAAGGUUGCCAGAUGCUACAAUCCCAGUGUUCCAAGGCAGAGAGUGAUGAAGCUGACGAAGACGGUGCUGGUGCUGGUGGCGGUCUUUAUCUUGAGUGCUGCCCCCUAUCACGUGAUACAACUGGUGAACUUACAGACAGAGCAGCCCACGCUGGCUUUCUAUAUGGGCUAUUACCUCUCCAUCUGUCUCAGCUAUGCCGGCAGCAGCAUCAACCCUUUCCUCUACAUCCUGCUGAGUGGAAAUUUCUGGAAACGUCUGCCUCAAGGGCAAAGGAGAGUGACUGAGAAGGAAAUCAACAAUAUGGAAAGCACCUUGAAAUAGAGCUUUAAGGAGAGUACAUGGAUCAUCAAAAGUCUAGACAGGCUUGCCUAUGUUAUUGAUGUUAUUAAAAAGGGUGGGCAAAACGGUGUGCUGGUGUCCAUUCUUGUUGUGCCCUUGUGACUCUAGAAUAGUGCUGUAACCAUUCAAAUGCAGUGAGUUUAACACGCUAACUUAGGUGAAACAUAAAAUAUUUGUCUGUGUAGGCAGUAGGCAGUGGGAUAGCUGAAGAGACCCGAGCUCCAUGGUUGUGGAUGUUAUUUCAGCAUCUUAUAAACUAGUCACUGAUGAAUAUGGCCAUCCCUGACCAUCGACUGAAAACUCACCAAGGAAUUUGACCUUGCCGUCUACACUGUGGCCCCACUGUAACAGCGCCCUUGAGGCUCCUAAGAGGGGACCACCUUACAAUGAGAUCUGAAGUAUGGCCAUUUUUUAAUCUACAAAAAUGUCAGUUUCAUAGGGUCUAAUUUAAUGCCUUCAACAAUCAACUCCAUCUGUUAGCAUGACCAUUAGCAUGUACUGAACACAUACCACAUGUAAGAUUACAUGUAACAAACCUUCGAGGUAAGCAUUACCCCAGUUUACUAAGGCUCAGAAAGGUUAAGUGAUAAGCUUAACACUGCACAGCUACAUAAGAGCUGGGCUGAAAUCCAGGUCUGCCUGUUUCUGUCUUUUUACUACAGCCCCUUGGCAACCUGUACCUAUCAUACUGAAAAGGGCCAAUAAUUGGGUUUUGUUGUUGUUGGUUUUUUUGCUUUCUCCUACACCCCUACAGGAAAAGAACUAAAGUCUGAAAGAAAUGAGUUCAUAUUCUUAAAGAAAUAAGUUUACGCAUAUUCUUUUGCAUUUAGCUUUGUUCUCAUACCUACAAAUGAUAGAAACCAGCAUCUGCAUUUUAAUAGUAUAAUAGUAUUCUUCAGGACGUCAAGUACACUCAGACACAUUCUCUUUAGGUUACAGUGGAUGUUUAGUCAAGGCUGCAGAAAGUAAUUCGUUUUUAAUUUCACAGAUGUUCAUUAUGUCUUUUCCUUUUGUGGCUUGUAUAAAACAUUCACUUUGAUACAGUAAGGAAAAAAUGCUUUUAAAGUCUAUAUUCUCAACAAGGUAAAUAUUUUAUUUUGUUUGGGGAUGAAUCUGUAAACCCACCUCCCUCAUCUAAAUAUAUAAAACCGCUUGCUUCAUGGGCAUAUAAAACUGAUUUUUCAUCAGCCCUUUAUAUAAAAGAGUCACAGAGACCAGGUUUCUAAUAACCUGAUCUCCAUUUUUAUAUCUCAGUUGUCAAGACAAAUGACUUUUAACCCGAUGCAUUUGGUUCUAGAUCUUUUAGAGACCAUUUUGGAACACGGUAAUAUCAAAAUUCAUAUCUGGAUGAAAGGUUGUGUAAACAGCAUUAGAACUACAAACUGAGACAGGGCACAGCUGAGAUAUUUCAGUUCUGUAACUGAGGUCUGCAGAGCUACACACAGAGGCUGUAUGCUCCUUUAUAGUUUCCAUCAAAAGCUGUGUCAUGGCUAUAAUUCCAGGGGCCUUCAUUCUUGCUACUCUAAGGUACAACAGUCAGGGUUCAGUGAAUAACCCUGACAUCUGAGGACCCAACACGAUGGGUCAUAAACAGAAGUUAUUAUUUGAUAAUUGAAGAGAAAUUGAAGGGUUUAUCUCCUUUGUCUUUUUUAAUACAAAAAAUAUUAUGAUUUUAAAAUUUUAAAUGGUUUUAAAGCAACAGACAUUUUUAAAAUAACAUUUCCAAUAGGCCUCAAACAAUUCCAGUAUAUAAAUUGGUCAGUGAAUUAUUUUAAUUAAUAUUUAUUAAGAGUUGUAAAAAAAGUUAGCUUUUAAUCAAAGUAUAAAAGAAAAAGGGUGACUAGUAAGUUUAUUUUAGUGCCUUUAUAUAGCUUUUCUAUGCAUAAGCAUAUAUAUGCAGAUUUGCAGAGGUGGUUUGUCAGAGAUUCUCUAUGUGUUUUGUAUUUUUGCUCAUGAUACGUAUACAUGUUUACUUUCAGGAGAAGUUAAUGAUCAGUUUCAUAUAUCUAAUUAAUACUUGGGUAUUUUUCAUUACGUAAACUCAUAACUGUAUCCCUCCUCUAUGCUUAUUCAAUUUUAGGUGACUCAUUUAAAUUUUGAUUGAUUAAUAUAAAUCAAUGAAUAAAAAUUGCUGUAUAUUAAUUUA